GCUUGACUGUGUUUUCUCUGAUUUUUCUGGUUUCUCUGAUGUCUCUGAUAUCUCCGAUAUCUCCUGCUUGUGCUGCUUUCACGACCCCUACGAUCCGAAUUUUGCACAUCCUGCAUACCCGCGACCAUAUCUACACACGACACUUAUUCACUGGCCUAGUUUGACCUAGUCCCCUGAGCGCAACAGACAGACCACCUACGCGAUGGCUUCCCAGGCAGCUGUUGGGUCGUAUUCGAACCCGCUGAAGAAGUUUAAAUUAGUUUUCCUGGGCGAGCAGAGCGUUGGAAAGACGUCUCUGAUCACACGGUUUAUGUACGACUCUUUCGACAACACAUACCAAGCGACAAUUGGAAUUGACUUUCUUUCGAAGACCAUGUACCUGGAAGACCGGACGGUGCGACUGCAACUGUGGGACACGGCCGGACAGGAACGCUUUCGGUCUCUCAUUCCUUCAUAUAUUCGCGAUAGCAGCGUGGCAGUUGUUGUGUACGACAUUUCCAAUGCAAAAUCGUUCCAGAAUACCCGUAAAUGGGUCGACGACGUUCGAGGCGAGCGAGGCAACGAUGUCAUUAUUGUGCUUGUGGGCAACAAGACAGACUUGAACGACAAGCGGGAGGUAACUACGGCACAGGGCGAGGAAGAAGCUAAGAAGAACGGCCUCAUGUUUAUCGAAACCAGCGCCAAGGUCGGACACAACGUGAAGCAGUUAUUCAGGAGAAUAGCGCAAGCACUGCCAGGCAUGGAGGGCGAGGCUCAAAGGGGCGAAAACCAGAUGAUCGACGUCAACAUCAACUCAGCGCCUAUCAAUAACGACAGCUGUGCGUGCUGAAUGGAGACUGCUGUCCGGAUUUCUGUAUCUUGCAUUGUUAAUAAAUGACGCGACGUCCUUGUAGCCUUUUUCGACAUGUAUAUCAUUCCACUUGUUACUCGAUUUCGUAGCAUAUAAUAUAUUAAUAAUUAAUAUAUUAUGCAUGUCUAGUCAUUGUAUCAACAUUAAUAGAUUAUUUGAAUUGAAUUGAUGUACAUGUAGCAAGCCCAAAUGGGAAC